UACAUCGACUUGGCAACUCUGUAGAAGUUACUAAAAUUCACUUAAAAUUGCUUUAUCGAAGGUCUUUAUUUCUUUUGCUGGAGGAACUUUCCGACUUUUUACGCUUCAAUUUGAAGCUCACAUAAUUAAAUUUCAGUAUUUCACUGAAAUUUAUUGAAAGCGCGGAAAAUUUGAAAACGUUCGAGAAAAUCCAAAGCUUUUUCUCUAAUUCAGUUUUAACUUAAACUGAAUUUAAAGAGCUCAUAACGAAACAUCGCUUAAUCGCAAUUAAUUACUAAUCAUACAUAAAAUGGAGGGCGAUAAAUCUACAACAAUUCUUAUGGCUCGUGAUAUCUCUAAAGAAGAAUCCAUUGUUGAUGCUAGUAUUCCGAUGAGAAAUGCAACAGAAUCCACCUCUGAUUUGGAAUCGCCUGUGCACUCGUGUGUUGAAUCAAUUCUACGUAGCGAUGGAGAUGACGACGAUGAAGAUUUAAUUUUCCAGGAAGUCAAAAUGAUAUUGCGUAAACGCAGAGGUUGGGGACCCGAAGAUUCACUAAGCGCUAACGACUUGGAUUUACUUGAGUAUGACGACGAGUUGGUGGAGGAAGAUGAUGCUGGCUGUCCCUUGCCCUCUACACCGGAGGAUACACAACUGAUUGAAGCAGAGAUGACCGAGGUUUUGAAAGCGGGCGUCUUAUCGGAUGAGAUCGAUUUGGGUGCAUUAGCCCACAACGCCGCUGAACAAGCGGAAGAGUUCGUGCGCAAGGUUUGGGAGGCUAGUUGGAUAGUAUGCCAUUAUAAAAAUUUACCUAAAUGGCUGCAGGACAAUGACUUUCUACACCGCGGUCAUCGCCCACCACUGCCCUCGUUCAGUGCCUGCUUCAAAUCGAUAUUCCGUGUGCACACCGAAACCGGCAACAUCUGGACACAUUUGCUAGGCUGCGUGGCGUUCAUUGGUGUUGCGCUGUACUUUUUGUCUCGUCCAUCAGUUGAAAUACAAAUACAAGAGAAAAUCAUAUUUGGCGCUUUCUUUGCCGGUGCCAUCAUUUGCCUGGGUUUCUCAUUCGCUUUUCACACGCUUAGCUGUCACUCGGUAGAGAUUGGAAGACUGUUUUCAAAAUUAGAUUACUGUGGCAUUGCACUGCUGAUUAUGGGCUCGUUUGUGCCCUGGUUGUAUUACGGAUUCUACUGUCAUUACCAACCCAAAGUUAUCUAUUUAUCUGUGGUAUGCGUAUUGGGCUCACUAUCGAUUAUUGUCUCGCUGUGGGAUAAAUUCUCUGAACCUGGCCUGCGACCAUUACGUGCCGGUGUCUUUAUGAGUUUCGGCCUCUCGGGUAUCAUACCAGCUAUCCAUUACAGUCUGAUGGAGGGUUGGUUUAGUAAAAUCAGUCAAGCUAGUUUGGGUUGGCUAAUACUGAUGGGCCUCCUUUAUAUACUUGGUGCAAUGUUAUAUGCCUUACGUGUGCCGGAGAGAUGGUUUCCGGGCAAAUUUGAUAUAUGGUUCCAAUCGCAUCAAUUGUUCCAUAUACUCGUCAUUGCGGCUGCGUUUGUGCACUAUCACGGCAUAUCCGAGAUGGCAAUGUAUCGCGUAACGGUCGGCGAAUGCACGGUGCCUCACGAACCAAUCACAUUCUAAGCGAAAAGCUAGUUAUUUAUGCUAAAACUGUUGGUUUAUUUAUCCAUUAUUUGUUUUGGCUGCGAAUGUUUGCAAAAAAAAAUUAAAGUUAAUGAACAAAAGGCAGAAGUCGAAAGUUAAAAUUUAAACAUUAGUAUCAUUUAUAAUUUAUGUUAUAAUUAAAAGCUAAAAUAUGGCGAGAUAUAAAAAUAGAAAAAUAAAUAUAAACGUACACAUUUUCAUAUCUAUUGGGACGAAAUUGCAUAGUCCACUUAGUAGAAAGAAGCUGACUGUUAAUGGCAUAAAGUUAUUGAAAAAUUGUAAUUGAGGCAUUGUUAUUUUUAAUAUACAUCUCAUACAUAUAUCAACACAUUCAUACAUCGCAUCAUACACAAGUAGAUUUUGAGAAGCAUAUUAACUGUACUUUGAACGUUGGUUCGUUCAUGUAUAGCUGAAUCGAGCACUUUUGAUAAGAAAUGUUUUUAUGCAUUCUACAAAUUACACAUACCGUUAGAGGUUUACAAGCGCUAUUACAAAUCCAGUGAAACAAUUAAAAUAAUUACUUCCUUUGCUGCUUGAUGAUUUAAAUUAUUGAUGCUACUUUAAAUAUUAUAUAUGUAUUAUCAGUUAUAAAAUUACAGUCAAAGCCGGUUAAAAUUUAUGAUUUUUUAAUUUAAUUUACAAAUGCUGAUCUAAAAAAAAACUUGGUUUAUUUUGACUCUAGCGCAGUAUAUAAAAAAUUGGAGUUAAAUUCUCAUUUUUGUACUUUCGUCUUUUAAUAAUUUCUUUGUUAAAUUGCUUUAAAUAUUGUUAAUAUUUUUAUUGUUAAAGUUUUAUUAAUUGGUUUCUCUUUGUUCUCCCGCAGGGUUGCGAUAUUUUUUACGAAAAAGUUUCGAUUUAAAAUUAGAUUUUCAAAUAAUUGUUUCGAUUCUGGGAUUAAAAAUUAAAUUUUUAAUUAUGUUUGUGGGAUUACAAUUUAAUUAAAUUUUUUUUAAAUAUUUUUGUAUUUUCUUUAAAUAUUUUUUUUUAUUUUCUUUAAAUAUUUUUUUAAUUUCUUUUUUUUAUUUUUUUAUAAUUCAAUUUAAAAAUAAAUCUAAAUUUGUAUGCCAAAAUCGGUUAAAAAUUCAAUUAUAAAUUUGAAUAAAUAAAAAAUGUUUUUGAGUUAAAAAAGUAAAUUUAAAUUAAAAAAUAUGUUGUUUUGAAUAUAAAAAAGUGUUUUAAAUUUAAAAAAGUUGUUUUUAAAUUAACAAAGUUCAAUCUGAGAUCUUUGAGAUUAAAAUUUGAAAACUGAAAAAUUAUUUAAUUUUUAUUUUAUUAUUAAAUUUAAAAAUAAAUUAAAUUUUGAAUGCCAACAACUUGGGUUAAAAUUUCAAUUUCAAAUUAAAAAAUAUGUGUUUUUUUAUUAAAAAAAUGUUCUUAAAUUAAAUUUUUGAAUGAAUUUUAAUUAAAUUAUAAAUUAAGAAUCUUAAAUUUUAUAUUAAAAAAAUUAAAUCUUAGAUACUUAAAGUUCAAAUUUGAAAACUGAAAAAUUAGUUUUUUAUUUAAUAAUAAAAGUUGAAAAUUUAACUUUUAAUCCUAAACGCCUUACACUAAAAAUUGAAAAAAUAUUUUUUGAUUUAAAAAUUUAAGUAAAAAAGUUUAUCUGAAUAGAAGCUGGAAUGAAAAGUGACAAAAAAAGAAAAUAUUUACAUAUACAUAACUAACUGAAGCACCAUGAACUAUGUUGAUAGUUUAUAAAAAAUAAGCCUUUUCAAAAUAUUACCAAAACCAAGUACGCAAACGCAAAAAAAAUUUAACUUUAAAACUAUUUUUUAAUACAGUGUUUGGGAAUAAAAACUAAAAACAAAAUUUAUGUUUUAUUUAAUUAAAAAAUAAUAAUUUUUAUUAUUUAAAUUAUUUUUUAUUAUUCAAAAAUAAUUUUUAUUAUUUAAAUUAUUUUUUAUUUAAAAAAAUUUUAAUGUUUAGUUUUUCAAUUUUUAAAGUAAAUUUUUAAUUGAAUUAAAAUUUUUAAAAUUGUCUUUUUUCAUACCGAUUUUUGGUAUUAAAAAUAAAAAAAAUUAAGUUUCAUAAAGAUUUUUGGUAUAAAAAAAAAAUACCCAAAAUGUUUAUUAAAUUAUUUUUAAAUCCAUUACUUGCAACCCUGCCCGUAGCUUUUUCUUUUUGUUUAUCAUUAAAUUGCAACAUCAACUCAUACAAUUUACGCAUGCAUCAGCAACAAAUAAAAUAUUAGAGCAAAGACAUUACAAUAAACUAAAAAGCAAAAGUUGACAACUUUAUACAACUGCUAAAAAUUCUAGUUCUAGUUGUUUCAAUACAAAACAAAAUAAAUUUAGUUCGAAACAUAGAACAUUUAAA